GCCUGGACCGCUCGCCGCGCAGGCGCAGUGGACCCUACUCACCAUGCCGACUGUCAGCGUGAAGCGCGAUUUGCUCUUUCAAGCCCUCGGCCGGACCUACACUGACGAAGAAUUUGAUGAACUAUGCUUUGAAUUUGGCCUGGAACUUGAUGAAAUCACUUCUGAGAAGGAAAUUAUAAGUAAGGAACAAGGUAAUGAAAAGGCAGAGGGGGCAUCUGAUGUUAUUCUUUACAAAAUUGACGUUCCAGCCAAUAGAUAUGAUCUCCUAUGUCUGGAGGGAUUGGUCCGAGGACUUCAAGUCUUUAAAGAAAGGAUAAAGGCUCCAGUAUAUAAACGGGUAAUGCCUAAUGGAGAAAUCCAGAAAUUGAUCAUCACAGAAGAGACAGCUAAAAUACGCCCUUACGCUGUAGCAGCAGUUCUCCGAAAUAUAAAGUUUACUAAAGAUCGCUAUGACAGCUUCAUUGAACUUCAAGAGAAGUUGCAUCAGAACAUUUGCAGGAAAAGAGCGUUGGUUGCUAUAGGUACCCAUGAUUUGGACACUUUGUCAGGCCCAUUUACUUACACUGCGAAGCGACCUUCAGAUAUCAGAUUCAAACCUCUAAAUAAGACAAAGGAGUAUACAGCCUGUGAACUGAUGAAUAUAUACAAGACUGACAACCAUCUUAAACAUUACUUACAUAUUAUUGAAAAUAAGCCCCUGUACCCAGUUAUCUAUGAUAGCAAUGGUGUCGUCCUAUCAAUGCCUCCAAUCAUCAAUGGAAACCAUUCCAAAAUAACAGUAAAUACUAGAAAUGUAUUUAUCGAAUGCACAGGAACUGACUUUACUAAGGCAAAAAUAGUUCUUGAUAUUAUUGUCACCAUGUUCAGUGAAUAUUGUGAGAAUCAAUUUACGGUUGAAGGAGCUGAGGUAGUUUUUCCUAAUGGAAAAUCAUCUACUUUUCCAGAACUGGCUUACCGAAAGGAGAUGGUGAGAGCUGACCUAAUUAACAAAAAAGUUGGAAUCAGAGAAACACCAGAAAAUAUUGCUAAGCUUUUGACUAGGAUGUACUUAAAGUCAGAAGUCAUUGGCGAUGGGAAUCAGAUUGAGAUUGAAAUCCCUCCGACCAGAGCUGACGUUAUCCAUGCAUGUGAUAUUGUAGAAGAUGCAGCUAUUGCCUAUGGAUAUAACAACAUUCAGAUGGCUCUCCCGAAAACAUACACCAUAGCUAAUCAAUUUCCCCUUAAUAAGCUCACGGAACUUCUAAGAUAUGACAUGGCAGCUGCUGGCUUCACCGAAGCACUUACGUUUGCUCUGUGCUCCCAGGAAGAUAUUGCUGAUAAACUUGGUUUGGAUAUCUCUGCAACUAAUGCAGUCCAUAUAAGUAAUCCUAAAACAGCUGAAUUUCAGGUGGCGCGCACUACCCUUCUUCCUGGCCUCCUAAAGACCAUAGCAGCGAAUCGGAAGAUGCCUCUUCCUCUGAAACUGUUUGAAAUCUCUGAUAUUGUAAUAAAAGAUUCUAGCAGAGAUGUAGGUGCAAGAAACUACAGGCACCUUUGUGCUGUUUAUUAUAGCAAGAAUCCUGGUUUUGAGAUAAUCCACGGGCUACUGGACAGAAUUAUGCAGCUGCUUGAUGUGCCUCCCGGUGAAAAGAAGAGGGGAUAUGUGAUCAAAGCAUCAGAAGGCCCUGCUUUCUUUCCUGGGCGAUGUGCUGAGGUCUUUGCCAGGGGUCAGAGCGUUGGCAAGCUGGGUGUCCUUCAUCCUGAUGUUAUCACCAAAUUUGAGCUGAACAUGCCCUGCUCCGCUCUGGAAAUCAACAUCGAGCCCUUUCUGUGAAGAUGGUCCCUGUGGUGUGGUUCUCUCCCUGAGUGUCCCUUUCUCCUCCCCUGGUGUCCUUUAGUCGUCCCCACCAGGAAGGUUGAAUAAAGCGGAAAGCACUGUCUACUCUGUGGGUAGAUACCA